CAUGGCCCAGCCCACCUCUACCGCGGCGUAAAGUCAGUGGCUUGCCCUUCUCCCAAGUUUUCCCCCAAAAUAAAACUCUUGCUCUCUUGCUCUUGCUCUUGCUCCAACGUCCGAAAGCGCUUGAGUUAAUUUUAAGUGUAGGUCAGCCUUAACAAAAAAAUGUCUCGGAGAUAUGAUAGCCGCACAACAAUCUUUUCCCCUGAAGGCCGUCUCUACCAAGUAGAGUAUGCAAUGGAAGCCAUUGGGAAUGCUGGCUCUGCGAUUGGAAUACUAUCGAAGGAUGGUGUUGUCUUGGUUGGUGAAAAGAAAGUUACUUCCAAGCUUCUUCAAACCUCCACAUCUACGGAAAAGAUGUACAAGAUUGAUGAUCAUGUUGCUUGUGCCGUGGCGGGAAUAAUGUCUGAUGCAAAUAUCUUAAUCAACACUGCUAGGGUGCAAGCUCAACGAUACACAUAUGCUUACCAAGAGCCAAUGCCUGUUGAACAGUUGGUUCAAUCUCUCUGUGAUACAAAGCAGGGUUAUACCCAGUUUGGUGGUCUCCGCCCAUUCGGUGUUUCAUUUCUUUUUGCAGGAUGGGACAAGAACUAUGGAUUCCAACUUUACAUGAGUGAUCCUAGUGGUAACUACAGUGGAUGGAAAGCUGCAGCUAUUGGUGCCAAUAAUCAAGCAGCUCAGUCAAUGUUGAAACAAGAUUACAAGGACGAUAUCACGAGGGAAGAAGCCGUACAACUCGCGCUGAAGGUGCUGAGUAAAACCAUGGACAGCACCAGCCUUACUUCGGAGAAACUUGAACUGGCUGAGGUUUUCCUUACACCUUCGGGGAAUGUGAAGUACCAGGUUUGCUCACCUGAUUCUCUGAGUAAGUUGUUGGUGAAGUUUGGAGUGACCCAACCUGCCACUGAGGCUUCUUGAGUUAGCUUUCUUUAUUUUCCAUUCAUCGUUUUCCCAAAACUAGUUUAUCGUCUUGUUUUUAGCUAUUGUUAUAUUCUCUGGAAAAUGGAAUUGAGAACUCUGUCAGAUCGAUAUGUUGCUUGCCUUGAACUAGACUUUGACUAUAUUUUAUGAUCUUUUGUUGUGCUGAGGAAAAUGGUGUUUUCAUUUUA